AUGGUCUCUAUUGCUGCUUCUGGGAGGUCGGCCGCGCAGGCGAUCCAAAUGCUCUUGGAAAGCGGCGCCAUCAUCGUCACGACCAUGUUCUCUGAGGCCAUUGUGCUUCAACUAAUAAUUGAAGAUACUAACACCCGCACAGGCUUCGUAUAA